CAUCGAGUCGGCAACCCGCCUUCGGGACCGAGAACAUUAUUCAACGAACAUUCCGAAAAAUAAUGGGAAAGCGAAUCAUUAUCUCGUCGUAUUCUUUGCUCCCUGACAUUCUCACCAAGUCCAAACACUCGUUAACAUGACAGAAUCAGAAGCAGCUGCUACGUCUCGGAAAGACGUGCUCAAGGCAUUCGUCUCUUUCCCUUCGCCUUAUACUCAGACUCUGAUCCUCCAAGCGCUCGUAUCGACCUGUCCUGAAAUUGCCAUCUCGUUGGUCCAACCGACAGAAGACAAUGUCCCGGCAUUACAAUGGGCCGAUUAUGACCUAUUGGAGUUUGAAAAACCUCGUUCCAACCCUUCUUCAUACCUCAUCUCCAGCUACAUCUACCGUAAAGCCCUCAUUCGGAAACAUCAACUCCACCGAGUGGUCCUCGAGUACCUUGCCAAGUGUGACUAUCGGCAGACGCCAAGUACGUUACAACAUGCCUGGCCUAAAGGUUGGGACGUAGAAGUGCAGCACGCGGACGAUCUGGACGAAUUAUGGAUUGAUGAUCUGUACGAACUCGCAGUAGUGUUAGAUGAGAAUGAAGCCAAGGGUGAGGAGGAGAAGCGGUGGUUCAUCUUCAAACCUGGAUUCGCGGAUAGAGCACAAGGUAUAAGACUAUUCUCAACGAAGCAGGAAUUGGAAGACAUCUUCUCCGCAUUCGACAACCCUGAUUCGGAAGAUGAAGAACCCGACCAGAUUUCAAAGUAUCAAUCCAUGAGUCAAGCUGCGGACGCUACGGUCGCUGCGAUGGCGAGUAGGGAACCAAGGGACGAUACUUUUGAUGAGAAGUUGGAGAGGUGGAAGAGGAGGAUCGAGGAGAGUAGUGACGAAGAGGACGAGGAGGAUGAGCUGAAGAGAGAACCGGCGCCGAAGUUGAUGGAAUCGGGAGAGACAACGGGACAGGAAGAAGGACCCGUGGAUGGAGUCGGAAAACUCGAUCUGAACGGACGAGAAGCGAUGAGACCAGGUAAAGCUGCAGAGCAGACGAAGAAUGGUAGAGUGACUAGUGACGGAGAUCAAGACGAAGGAGAGGAUGAAAGAGACGAGGACGAUGAAGACAAUGAAGAAGACGACGACGACGACGAUGACGACGACGAAGGCAUUGUGACUUCACAGCUUCGUCACUUCCUGCUUCAAGAAUACAUCCCCUCGCCCAUUCUAUUCGAUAUCGCCCAGGAGCCCAACGUGCCAAGUACCGAUCCCACAGGCUACAAAUUCCACCUCCGAGCCUACGUUCUCGUUACUGGCGCCUAUACAGUCCACGUCUCCCGAACCGUCUUGGCAUUAUUCUCAGGAUCCCCAUAUGUCCACCCUACGAGCUCUAACCUCAAUCUCCAGGCGCACUUGACCAACACGUGCCUCCAGACAGACGCUUUCGGAGCAUUGGCACCGCCUGAAGAACUCAUCAAGCUUUAUUGGGACCUAGACGGGAUGUCCGCAUUGAACAGGACGAAUGGUGAUUAUGGGAAUAUGGGCAAGGUCGAUAAGCAAUGGCUAGAGGAUACAUUCGAACGGGUCGGCGAGGUCAUUUCGGAGAGCGUGAAGGCUGGCGCAGAAUGCGGAUCGUUUAACCUUCAGUUCAUGCCUAAUGCCUUUGAGAUCUUCGGCGUCGACCUCUUACUCUCGUUCCCGCCUUCUUGGAAAACGACACAACCUGAUGAUCGAUUACCGACGCCCUCCAUCACCCUGCUUGAAUUCAACGCUUCACCAGACUUUCAUCAAUCCGGUAUGAACCUCCGUCCGAGGCUGUUGGAACUAUUCAAGGGAGUGGUGGAGAUUGCUAUCAAGCCAUUCUUCGGCGAGAACGGGCAACGAUCAUCUGACGAUUCGAUCACUGCUACAACAGAGGGCUUGCAUGGCUGGCAUCUGGUCGGACAUCGCGAUCAGCCACGCAUGUAGUCUCAAUUGCUCUAGGUAUGGCUGGAGCUCAUCCACCGACGACAUCUUCGACAUGAUUGUGAGACGACACAACUGCAGGGGGUUACCACUUGCAUUCCUUCUUCUUCUUCUUCUUCUUCCUGAUUAUUGCUACAAGAUACUACGCCACCACGACCACUGUCCACCAGGCACAAUAAAGGUUUCUCUACCACCUACUUGGAUCCUCCCUUCUGUCCCUCAACGUGGGGGUCGGGGCCGUCACUGUAUGUCGAAGUCAGCACAAUGCCCAAGAGAUAACGAUCCCAACUCACGAUCCACCGAAUCCGUGCUCGGACGAGACUCGCUUGUCGGGAGUUCCAUCCUGCUUCAAUCCACCAUGUUCAGUGGGCUUGUAAGCUUCUCCACCAGAUCCAGC